AUGACUGGUGCAUCGAUCAGUCAAGCAACUGUUUCAAUAUUGAACCAUAAAAGCGUAACAAAUCAACAAGGAUUAUGUACCAUUGAUAGGUACAAGACAGAAGAUGUUCCAAGAAGAGAAGAAGAAGAAGACAGAAAAAAUGAAAUAUUAGUCGUAGAAAAAGAUGGAGAUCUCUGUAUGAAAGUAAAUAUUUAUCCUGAUCAAGCAACUGAUGACGUUUACGUUUGGCAUGUAUUUAAUGAUCGUGGUUUAUAUAGACCAAAGGAAGAUGUGCAUAUAAAAGGUUAUGUUCGAUUACUGAAAAUAGAAGGUGAAGCGAAACUACCUACUUAUGCGCAAGGUAUAGUUGACUAUAAAAUUUAUGAUCCUCGAGGUGAACAACUUCAACAGUCAAAAGUGAAAUUGAAUCAUUAUGGGACAUUUGAUAUCAAAUUUACAUUACCUGACAAUGUUAACUUAGGUAAAGGACACGUCGAAUUCAGUUUACCAGAUUCAAAAAGUGAUAAAGAACAUUAUUUUCGAAUUGAAGAAUUUCGAACACCAGAGUAUGUAGUUUCAUCAAUGAUUCAACCAUCAAUAGCACAUUAUUGUCAUCCAACUACUGAUCGAUACGUUAUAGCUACUUGUGAAGGAAAAUUAUAUGCUGGUGGUUAUCUAAGUAAUGCAAAUGUUCAAUGGACGGUACAAGCCGAAACAACAACAUUUACACCAGCUAAUAGAUAUGAUUAUAAAUUUGGUAGAACUAAGUCGUUCUCUUACUAUUCUGAUGAUCAUAGUCAAAGCAAAAUAUCAUAUCCGAACAAGAGUUUUCAGGGUAAAACUAACAGCAAAGGUCAACAUGAAAUAAAAAUUACUUAUCAUGGUAUUGAACAAGAGCCAAGACCAAUAAUUGUUCAUGCAUUAGCAGUCAUUACUGAUUUGAAUUCUCAAACACAAGAAACACGAUCAGAUUUUCUCAUACAUCCAUGCACAUAUUAUGUUGGAUUUUGGUUCGUAAAGAAUUAUGGUAAGAAAGAUCAACCGGUGGAGACAAAAGUUAUUGUAACUGAUAUUGAUGGAAAUUUAAUUGAUAAUAUUUUGGUUGAAUGCAAAGUCAUUGGAUAUGGCAAGGAAAGAAAAGAAGAUCAGAAUGGUUUAAUAAUAUUUGAAGAAGUAACUGAUGAACAAAAAUUAACAAUUGUUAGUUCAAAUAAAGAUGCAGUUAAUAUUGAUUAUACGCCAAAAUUAGGGGGUAGAUACAACACAUAUUACAGUGUCAAAGAUGAACAAGGACGAUUAGCUAUGAGUUACUAUGAAAAUUUUUAUGUCUGUGGUGGUAACGAAAAAAAAAGAGAAGAACAUGAAGUAAAUAAUCACAUUCCAACUGAUUCAGUGACAAUUAUUCCGAAUGCAAAAAAUUAUCAACCGGAUGAUCAAUGUGAAUUACUGAUCCUAGCACCAUUUUGCCCAGCUAAUGGUGUGCUUAUACUCAAUUGUGACGGUCAAGUCUCACAACUAAUACGAUUUCAGAUAGAAUCAGGACAAGAUUCAACAACUGUCAAAUUUAAUAUAUCAAAGGAUUGGAUACCCAACGUUACGGUUCACGUUGAACUAAUUGGCUCAGUCCCAAGAGAAAUCGAAGUGAACAAUUCACCACACCGCCCAGCAAUCGCUACUGGCUCAGUAUCACUAGAAAUAUCAAGAGAUAUUUAUAAAUUAAAUGUUUCGAUUAAUACAAAAGAACCAAAUAAAAUGUAUACACCAUCAUCGAUCAUCCACAUAGAUGUCGACGUCAAACAAUAUGUGGAUGAUGCACCUGUAAAAAAAGCAGAAGUUUGCUUAAUUGUUGUUGAUGAAGCAAUCUUAUCAUUAACUAAUCACAAAUUAAAUAGUCUAUUAGAUAUAUUUUAUCCUACUCGAUCAGAAAAUAUCAGAGAAUACUGCAGUAGAAAUGAGUGCUUGCUAUUCAAUGCACAAUAUAUAGAACAACUUAAGAAAGAGAUAAAAGAAAGGCUCUACUCAGAUUCUGAGGGCGGCGGCGGUGGUGGUGGUGGUGGUGGUGGUGGCGGCGGUGGUCCAUGGUGCCGUAAGAUGAGAUCAACCGGUCGUGGAGCUGAUCAAAAAAUAGCUGUUCGGUCGAACUUCAAUCCACUAGCAUGCUGGACACCCUCAUCAAUCACUGAUUCAUCAGGUCAUGUUUCAAUCGAAGUUAAAUUACCUGAUAGUCUAACACGUUAUCGUGUAUGGGCAUUAGCAACGAAUGAUAAGCAAUAUGGUUUAGGUGAAAUGUCAUUUACUGUAGAACUACCAGUUAUGAUUCGACCUUUACUACCAAGAUUUCUGAACUAUGGAGAUACGGCGAAUUUCUUAGUUGUUUUGCAAAAUCAAACCAAGCUAUCAUUACUAUUACAUGCUGGUUUGAGAGUAACCAAUGCUAAAUUAUUAACAGCACAAACAAAUCGACCAGAAGUUGGUUAUUCAAUUGUACUAUCACCAAAUAAACGAGCUGCUCUUACAUUUCCAGUAACAACAAUUCAUUCUGGUACAGCUCGAUUUCAGUUCAUGAUCAGUACUCCGAAAAAUAAAACAUGUACAUCAUUUAGUGAUGCAAUUGAACUAAGUUUACCCAUAUUUACACCAGCAACGUCUGAAGCAUUUGCAACAUAUGGUGAUGUAUAUGAAGAAGUGGUUUUACAACCAAUAAAGACACCAAAGAAUGUUCUUUCACAAUACGGUCAAUUAUCAGUAACAACAAGUUCAACAGCAUUAGCAUCAUUAACUGAUGCAAUUAUUUCACUUUAUACAUAUCCGUAUGAAUGUACAGAACAAUUAAGUUCAAGAUUAUUAGGUAUACAAUCAUUAUGGGAUGUUUUACAAGCAUUUCAUUGUAAAGAAAUUCCUGACAUAUCGAUAUUGAAAACUAAACUACAAUCAGAUAUUAAUAUAUUAAAAGGUCGUCAGUAUCCAAAUGGUGGAUUUGGAUAUUGGACAAAUCGAAAGGAUUCUCAUCCUGAUCCAUACAUGAGUGUACAUGUUGCUCAUUGUCUUGCUGUUGUUGUGAAUAAAAAGAUAUUUGAUGUUGAUCAAGAUAUGCUGGAAAAUACGCUAAGAUAUCUUGCAAAUAUUGAAUCUGAAAUCGAUCAAUUACCAUACAGUAAGUAUUGGUCGGAAAAAACUCGGUUCAGUUUGAUGAGUUAUGCAUUAUAUGUACGAACAAAAUUUCUUCAAAAUAUGACUGACCAAGCUUUACAAUUAUUUCAGCGAAGUGGAUUCGAUAAACUUACUUUAGAAGCAUUAGGAUGGUUAUUAGUUGCUUUAUCUGGUGAUACAAUUCAUAAUAAUCAACAAACAAUUGAACUAAUGUACAAAUAUUUAAAAGGUAAAGUAAGCGAAACAAGUGAAACAGCAAAUUUUAUCACAUCAUACGGCGAUGAUGGUCAAUCAGUAAUGUUACAUUCAAAUCAAAGAACAGAUGCUAUUCUAUUAGAAUCAUUAUUAUAUAUUGAUCCAAACUCCACUCUUUGUACUAAAUUGUGUAAAGGUUUACAGGCACAUAAAGUGAAAGGUUCAUGGAAAUCAACACAGGAAAAUUGUUUUGUAUUAAUUGCAUUAGAUAAAUAUUUUCAUAGCAAAGAAAAAGAUACACCAGAUUUUGUGGCUAAUAUUUGGUAUGACAAUGAAUAUUGUGGUCAACAUCAAUAUAAAGGUCGAACGACAAAUUCAUAUACAAUAAAUAUUCCCAUGAAAGCGAUUUUGUCGCCGUCGUCAUCAUUCAAUAUGGGUAAUAAUGAUAAGAAUCUAAUGAUGGAUAAGCAUGGUAGUGGUCGAUUAUAUUAUCGCAUUGCAAUGGAUUAUGCUCCAUCAAGUCUACAACUAAAUGCAGCUAACUAUGGUUUUAAAAUUGAACGAAUGUACACAGCUAUCGAUGAUCCAUCACAUGUUGAAAAACAAUCAAAUGGAACUUGGAAAUUCAAAUUAAAUGAAAAAAUCAGAGUCACAUUAAUAAUGACAACAACACAACGACGAUAUCAUAUAGCAUUAGUUGAUUAUUUACCAGCUGGUUGUGAACCAUUGAAUACAAAAUUAAAAGGCAUUUUGACAGAUGAUACAAACUCAUCAGUAACAAGAUCCAAAAGGAAUUAUCCCUAUGAUGAAUAUCGAUCACGUGCAACUAUUGAUUGGACUGAACAUGAAAAUUUAAGAGAUGAACGUGCUGAAGCAUUUCGAUCAUUAUUAUGGCCUGGUAUAUAUGUAUGGAAUUAUGUAAUGCGUGCAACCUGUGCUGGAAUAUUUAUCGUUCCGCCAGCCAAAGCUGAAGAAAUGUAUUCGCCAGAAAACUUUGGUCGAUGUACAACAGAAAAAGUUAUCAUCGACUAA